UUUUGAUUGCCACCUUACCUACUACAACAGGAGAACACAGAAGAACAUCAGAGGAUUCGUGAGAAGCAGAAGAAGCAGAAGAAGCAGAAGCAGAAGAAGACGCCGAAGUUUUGUGCGUAGAGAAAGAGUAUGUACUCUACUUCGUCGUGGCUGGCUGGCGAAGAAGGAGACGGGCCCGAGACGGACACCAGACAGACAAACAGAUGGACACACAGACAGAAGACGGUAGAACAGUGCGCUGACAAGUCGAAGCAGACAUCACGAAGCCGUACUCGUACUUGCCAUCUCUCCUAGUACAAUAUCUCCCGCUGCCCGUUGGCCGCCAACCCGAAAACUCUCGCUUUGCUGCACGUUCACUCGAGCUGAGCUCAAGCAACGCAACCGCAUCCGCAACCGCAACCAACGAGAAAAUCCGCCGAUACGGACCGAAACUCGGGCAUUGAGAACGCGCCGCCCCGGGUGAUUGUGCUGACAUAUUAUGCUCAAUAAAUCAACAUGGAGGGCCUCUUUGCUUUGACCGAGUACGAUAGCUCCAUGAUGGCGAAGGCUGCAAAAGCUCAACGCAGAUCUGCUUGCGACGAUUGUCGUGCACGCAAAGUACAGUGUAGCGGCGAUACUGCAGGAUGCCAACGAUGUCGUCGCGCAGGCAUUCGGUGUACAUACUCAGCGCCGAAACCGCCUGGUCGACCGAGAAAGGUACGGAAGGUUGCCGAAGAGAACGGCCAUAAUGAUGCACCCCCACCCCCGACGGCCCCUCAGUCCAAUGCAGGAAACUUCUAUUUCGGGGACCUCUUCGGCGGAGAUCUGAUGGGCCAGGGUCUGGAGAGAUACGUGUUUGCGGGCGGGAAUGGCGAUGGUCUCGGCGGGAAUGGUGGCGUAUCAUAUACACCCAAUUCUUCCGACCUCUUCGGCGAGGCACAGCUGGAAGCCAACAGCUACGGCUACUCCACCCCGUUUGAUGCCGCACCCAUCUCCAUACCGCAGCCACCGGCAACACCGAAAUCGCUCGCGUCCUCAAUCUCGUCGCCACCGCAUCCUGUCUCCUGGAGCGCCCCCAGGAACCCCGAUGAAGCUCUCUCCAAUUCCGGGUGCACGGCUCUCACACCGGUGCAACAACCGUGCUCCUGCCUUCCCGCCUUCUUCGCCACAAUCUCCACUCUCCGCACACCCCCCUCGCCCCGCGGCUUUUCCCUCCCACCGACGCUCAGCACCAUCCGUACGACGCUCACCGCAAUCACCACCUCGAUGCACUGCCGUUACUGCCAUUCAUCAGUCCAGAGCACCUACGUCUGCAUGAUGAUGCUCGGCACCCUCAUCCCACUACUCCUCCUCUACAUCGAGAACGCACAGACCGCAAUCACCAGCUGCGACGACUCCUCGGUCACCCUAAACAUCGGCGGCGUGGAUGUCGAGCUUGGCCGAAACGCCUGGCGCGACAUGGCCACCGGCGCUGUCCGCAAGGAGUUCGAGUCCCUGAUGCGGAUGAUCGAUGCGAUCGAGGGCAUCCUCCAGCGGCGACAUUGCCAGGGCCGCGGCAAGGAGAAGGAGAAUUUGGAAGUGAUCGCGCGCAGCGGCGGCGGCGAUGAUGUGGGCGAGGUUGUCGGAAGGGAGUUGGCCAAUAAAAAUCAUGAGACCGGCGAACCACCGUUCUGCCUGGGCCUGCUGUGGAUGAUCAGGGGAAUGGCCACGAGGGUGGGUGCUGGAUACCCCGCGUCGUUUCCUACUUCGGGCUCGGCCUUGUAGACCUGCGGCGUAGUCGGGAUUCUUCUCCACUUACCAUAUGUCGAACGGCAUUUCUUUUUCAGUUUUCGUUAUUUUCCUGAGGCGCCGUCGGCCGGUAGGUGACGGCGACCUCUUUGUCGAGAAGUGGAGGAAUUCUCAGUGGGUGGAUGGAUGGUGUCAAGGGGGGGGGGUGAAUGAGGAUCGAGAAGGAGAGGAGGAAGAGGAGGAGAUAAGGACUGAAUGAACUAUACAUUGGGGCGUUUGGUGGUUUUGUCUGGUCUGGUCUGGUCUGUUUUGGUUCGGGGUCCGGCUAUCGGAUUUAUUUUGUACCGUUUAACUCUCUUGUAUGCCGCAAUCAUAUGCGAGCUAUUUCUUUUCGUCGUGAUACCAAAUAUAUGGGU